GUAGCUUUGUAGCUGUCUCACUUUUGUCUCGCAGUUUCAAGAUCCAGCAUGCUGCAUCAGAUAGCCUUGCUGGCCACUGUUACUGUCCUGGGAGUCUUGGAACAAGCCUAUUUUGCCAUGCAGGUGAUCUACGUUCGGCGGAAGUGCAAAGUCUCUCCUCCUGUGACUUCAGGUCCACCAGAAUUUGAAAGGAUCUUUAGAGCUCAAGCAAACUGCACUGAAUACUUCCCAAUAUUUCUUUCACUCUUAUGGGUGGCUGGAGUCUUUUCCCAUCAAGUUUUGGCUGCAUGCUGUGGGGUUCUUUAUCUGAUUGCUCGCUAUCAGUACUUUAGUGGAUAUGCACGAUGUGCUCAAGGAAGACUCACACCCUUGUACCUCAGUGCUGGAGUUCUUUGCAUUCUUAUCGGCCUGUCUGUCACAGGGCUCCUUGUCUAUUGGCACACCCACAUUUUUUAUUCCUGAAGUGAGCUUCUGAGUCAGCGUCUAGUGCCCUUCUGCUGGUAAAUUAUCCUGCUUAUGACACCAUAGGUUUCAACUUUCAUUCCAACAUUCAUUUCAUUUCAUUUCUUUAAAUUAAAAUGAUUGUACAUCUUUCUUUUUUUUAAAAAAAAAAAGCAAGUUUGUGACAGUACAUUUUCUUAGCUGUGUUGUGGUUGCAACAGCUUUUACAUUAAAAGU